AGAAUAAAUAAAUAAAUACAUAAGUCAAUAAAAAAGAGCUAAUCCCCAAACCAACCCAAACAGCCAAGAAAACCAAGCAGAAGUCAUGAAAAGGAGCACAUUUCAAAAAACAAAGAGAGAAGUCGAGGAGAGCAACAGCUACACCCUGGUCUGCUCUGUCCCUUCCUAAGAAGAGGUUCCUGUGUUUAUCGUGAGUCAUACGCGUACAUAAGAAUGUGACGUUUGACCCUGAAGACAUCCUCUUCUAUGCAGCCAAACACACACAUUUUCUCUCGCUCUCUCUCUCUCCUAAACGCUCGCCUCUAAGUGCUCCUCGGUUCUCCACUCUGCAGGUCCUCAACACAGUCCCUUUGCCUCCAUCCAUCCAUCAACCCUUAAACUCUAAACCUUAAAACAAUCACCCACUCCCACAUGCCACUUAGAGCCCCAGGGGUGAGACGCCAGCCUCUCCGUGAUGCCGGCCCAUGCCAUCCUCAUCUACCUCCACCUCCUCCUCGUCCUCCUAUUCUGCGUGGAACCUGGGCUGGCAUCCUUCUUCUUGGAAUGCCCCCAGGAGUGCGAAUGCCGGGGUCCAGCAGCUUCCUGCAAAGGAGGUGUGAUUCCCCCCCUAGACCCACGGUCCACGCAACUCAGCUUCGACUCGGCCGACCCUCCCAUCACUGUGUUUAGCGCCAGCUUUGCCCAACAUAUGGACCAUCUGGUGACUCUAGAGCUGUCUUCUGUGGGGAUGACAGAGCUUGAAUCAGGUGCCCUGGGACAGAUCCCUCGACUCGCCGCGCUCAACAUCACCCGCAACAACAUAACGUCCCUAAACCUGGGGACCUUUGAGAACUGCAGUCACCUGUCUUCCUUGAGCUUGGAAAAUAACAAUAUACGGGUGAUUGAGAACGGGACUUUUGCACCCCUGACUUCCCUGGUGAACCUCAGCCUGGCCCAGAAUGCCCUCACCUUCCUCCCAGGUCAGCUGCCAGGUCAACUGAGCUUGCUUGACCUUGAUUUCAACAAGAUAGCAGCCGUCCCAAGCCUAGCAUUGGACAGGCUGACCACGCUCAACCUCUGUCACAAUGUUAUUUCAAAAGUCACUCAAAACCAGGCAGGAAUGCAAAGGUUGCGGAACCUUUGCCUUGGUGGAUCGAACUUCACGGUGAGCGAACGCCUGAUCAACACCAAGAACUUCCCUGAGCUUGAGAGCCUAAAGCUUCAGGGAGGGGAAUUUGGGGUGAAGAUCACACCCCAAGCAGGAGACAAUAUCAAGGGGAUGGCAAACUUACGUACUUUGGAGCUCGACUCUUGCAUUCUCAGCGACCUCCAGCUCUUCAACCAACCGAAUAGCAGCUUAGAAAACCUCCGUGUCUCCAACCUGAAGGUUAAAAGCAAGACCAGUGUCAGUGUGCGGUCCCGACUUGCACUCCCAUCUGUGCAUGUUUUUGACGUGUCCGGUUCUCCCAUCCUUGCCCACUUUUUCCUGACUUCUCCUGCACGAGAGGGCUUUGUCCUCACUGAACUCACCACUCUCAAAAUGUCCCGCUGCAACAUCAUGACCUUCGACAAGUCUGUGCUCCUUGCCAAGGCCCCCAAUAUCAAGAGACUUGACCUAAGCUACAACCCUCUUGAGUGCACCUGCUACGGACUCUCCUGGAUCCCCAAAUACGUGAGGGAGGACAAGCUCAGCCUGGUCGGGGAGGAGAAUACAACUUGUGCCUCCCCUGACCACCUUGCUGGUCUCCCCUUGCUAACGGCUACACUGUGCCCCAUCACUACCACCAAUACCAGUGAGGUAACAACAGCACCCUCCACCAUACCCGCCAAACAAACGACAACUGCCAUUCCAACAACUCUAUCGCCGAACACCACAGAGCCAAGAAAAACGACUUUAACGAGCAAACAAUCUCCAACCACCACCACUGCUUUGCCACUAACAACUAAGGCUGAACCAACCACCAUGCAACCUACAACUGAGGCAUCAGAAGCAUCAACUCUGCUGGGUGAAAUAGCAGUCAAUAACUCUGGGAUUGGGCGCUCCGGAACUCUUCCAGGCUCAGCAGCCGUUGACGCAGGCACCCUAGAGAGCCCGGCUGCCCCCAAGAAUCGACUCUCUUUGACCUGGCUCGGGAUAGCGGCUGGGACCCUACUGUUAGUCAUGUUCGUCGUGGUGGCCGUGGGCGCAGUGGUAAGGAACUCUCGCAACCGCCGAAUGAUCAUUAGCCACAGGAGGAUCGACAGUCGGGAGAACAUGGUUGCGAUGGCGCAGAUCUGCAGGUCGCAAGACCAGCUCCUCUGAGGCAGGCGGCAUGACAUCAAGGAGAUGGGAUGCACUUGACCCUAGCAAUAUCUCUAGGGCUGUACUCUUGGCGUACUUCUGGACCUUGCGUGCAUGGCUUUUGUGUGUGUGCAGUUAAUCAGUAUAGUACUUUUUAUAUAUAAAAAAAUAUAUAUAAAUGUAUAGAAAA